GGAGCGGGGCCGGCGCCGCGGCAGCUUCUGUUCUCCGAGCUGCUGCCGCCUCCGGGCGGACUGGCGGACGGGUGGACGCCGGGAGCUGGGGGCCGCGCGGCGGGACCGGCGGGACGCCGCGGGGCUGACCGGCCCCGAUGAGGCGGAAGGAGAAGCGGCUUCUGCAGGCGGUGGCACUGGUGCUGGCGGCCCUGGUCCUUCUCCCCAACGUGGGACUCUGGGCGCUGUACCGCGAACGGCAGCCCGACGGCACCCCCGGGGAAUCGGGGGCGGCGGUGCCCCCUGCAGCCGGACAGGGAUCACACAAUCAGCAGAAGAAGAUAUUUUUCUUGGGCGAUGGGCAGAAGCUGAAGGACUGGCAUGACAAAGAAGCCAUCAGAAGGGAUGCUCAGCGUGUAGGAAAUGGAGAACAAGGGAGGCCCUACCCCAUGACCGAUGCUGAGCGAGUGGAUCAGGCGUACCGGGAAAAUGGGUUUAACAUCUACGUCAGCGAUAAGAUCUCCCUGAAUCGCUCUCUCCCUGAUAUUCGGCACCCAAACUGCAACAGAAAACGCUACCUGGAGACGCUCCCCAACACCAGCAUCAUCAUCCCCUUCCACAAUGAGGGCUGGUCCUCCCUCCUCCGCACCGUCCACAGCGUGCUGAACCGCUCACCCCCGGAGCUCAUCGCCGAGAUUGUGCUGGUUGAUGACUUCAGCGAUCGAGAGCACCUGAAAAAGCCACUUGAAGACUACAUGGCCCAUUUCCCCAGCGUGAGGAUUCUCCGAACCAAGAAACGGGAAGGGCUGAUACGGACCCGGAUGCUAGGGGCCUCGGCAGCAAUCGGGGAUGUCAUCACAUUCUUGGACUCACACUGUGAAGCCAAUGUCAACUGGCUCCCUCCCUUGCUCGACCGCAUCGCUCGGAACCGCAAGACCAUCGUGUGCCCAAUGAUUGACGUGAUUGAUCACGACGACUUCCGGUAUGAGACGCAGGCAGGGGACGCCAUGCGGGGCGCCUUUGACUGGGAGAUGUACUAUAAGCGGAUCCCCAUCCCUCCAGAGCUGCAGAAGGCCGACCCCAGUGACCCAUUUGAGUCUCCCGUGAUGGCCGGUGGGCUCUUCGCCGUGGAUCGGAAGUGGUUCUGGGAGCUGGGCGGGUACGACCCAGGCCUGGAGAUCUGGGGAGGCGAGCAGUAUGAAAUCUCGUUCAAGGUGUGGAUGUGCGGGGGCCGCAUGGAGGACAUCCCCUGCUCCAGGGUGGGCCAUAUCUACAGGAAGUACGUGCCCUACAAGGUCCCUGCUGGAGUCAGCCUGGCCAGGGGCCCUUUGCCCCCCACAGCCAGGCCUCAGCGCCUCGGAGCACCUGACCCUUGUACCCGCCUGUGGUCCCUGCAGAACCUGAAGCGAGUGGCGGAAGUGUGGAUGGACGAGUACGCGGAGCACAUCUACCAGCGCCGGCCCGAGUACCGCCACCUCUCCGCGGGGGACGUCGCCGCCCAGAAGAAGCUCCGCAGCUCGCUGAACUGCAAGAGUUUCAAGUGGUUUAUGACCAAGAUCGCCUGGGACCUGCCCAAAUUCUACCCGCCCGUGGAGCCCCCGGCCGCAGCCUGGGGCGAGAUCCGCAACUUGGGCACCGGGCUGUGUGCGGACACGAAGCACGGGGCCCUGGGCUCCCCGCUGAGGCUGGAGAGCUGCGUCCGGGGCCGCGGGGAGGCCGCCUGGAACAACAUGCAGGUGUUCACCUUCACCUGGAGGGAGGACAUCCGGCCCGGGGACCCGCAGCACACCAAGAAGUUCUGCUUCGACGCCGUCUCCCACACCAGUCCCGUCACCCUGUACGACUGCCACAGCAUGAAGGGCAACCAGCUGUGGAAGUACCGAAAAGACAAGACCCUGUACCACCCGGUCAGCGGCAGCUGCAUGGACUGCAGCGAGAGCGACCACAGGAUCUUCAUGAGCGCCUGCCGCCCCGCCUCUCCCACGCAGCAGUGGCUGUUCGAACACACCAACUCCACAGUCCUGGAAGCGUUCAACAGAAACUGAGCCCGCGUCUCCACAGCAGGCCUGGCGGGGCCCUCCCUGCCGCGCCCCACAGGGCUCCCACGGGCACCAGGACAGAAGGGUGCUGGCUGGACACUCUUGGCAAAGCCGGCUCUCGAAGCUGGAGCCAGGCAUCUGCCCGAUGCCAGAGGCCCUGGGCUGUGGGGCAGGGUGGAGAGCAGACCCUGCAAGAGGCCCCACGCGGGUGCAGAGCCUGUGGUGACCCCUGACAGCAUCGUGGAAAUCCCGGCGGGCCUGCUUGAGUGUGUCACCUUGUCCCCGUGAGUGUGCUGCAGGAGGAACGCCGGGGCAGCCCUAGGCCACCCAGAAACUAGGCGCGUGGGUGGGCGUCCUUGAGAAAGGAAAGCCCGUGCUGCCUGUCCGGGGCGCUGUUAGCUCGUUGCCACCCCUCUGCGGGGGAAGAGAAGGAGGUGCUGGGGACGCCGGUGUCAGCCUUUCAGUGUCGCCCUGUCAUGGGGGUAAGUGCAGUCACUGCCCAGCUUCUGUCCUCUGUCACAGCCCCGGGGAGUGCAGUCGAAGGCCACCCCUGGGGUCCCCAGAGAGUUCAGAGCUCAAACCCGCCAGCUGCCAGGCCUGGGGCCAGAAGCAGGACCCUCAGAUGUUCCUGUGCAGCCGAGGACGUGCAGGGUGUUCCCGCCUGCUCCCUGGGUGCCCGCGAGGCCCGUUCUAGGGCCCUCAGGGCGCACGGCCAGCCCAGCCACCAGCUCUCCCAGGCCGUGUUUCAGACAGCCGUGGGUGCGUGGGGAAGGCCGAGUGGGUCUCCAGGCUCGGAAUUCUGGCCAAACAUCCUUGGUCAGUGCUCCCAUUUCCUCUCCUCUCCCCUCCCCCCUCCUCCCCUCCUCUCCCAUCUCUCCCCCUCUCUCCCCCUCUCUCCCUUCCUCCCACUUUCUCUCUCUCUCUCCCUCUCUCUCCCUCUCUCUCCCUCUCUCUCUCUCCUUGGAGAAAGCAGCAGAGGCGUGGAGUACUCACCUCCCAAAGUCCGGAGGCCACCAGGGUAGUCCAUGGCCGGGAUGCCUAGUCUCUGGCCUCAUCAUGGUCCUAGUUCUCAUACCGAACUCUAGAGUUUUUAAGGAAGUCUGUAAUCCAGUCACACUCCAGAGUGCUACACAGGAUUCCGGCAUUCUGGCGUCCCACGUGGGUUGUGAUUAAAGGAGCCAGCCAGGUGCGAUGCCCUGCAGUCUGUGAACUCCAGGUUGGUGGCACUGGGGACUGUGACCUGAAGCCCUGCAGCCUCCCACCACCCUAGCCGCAGCGGAGAGACGAACCCAGGCCCCGGGAACAGGUGCACACUCCGCUCCGCGCCGGUCCUUCCGGUUUACCUUUUGCUCUGCUAAUUACAUGUCAGGCUCCCAGAGGCUCCCGAGCUCACAGGAAGCAUGUCUGUAACCAGCCUGCCACCCACUGAUUCAGAGAUGGAAAUCACAUCCCACGGCCUAUGGCUUCCAUCAGCUAGCCCAGGAAACACUUGAAGUCACUAUUCCAAUUAGAGUUGGGUCUCUCUAUUGUAUCGUUUGCCAAUUAAAUAACUGAGACAUAAAUCUGGGAAUGAAGCCACAAAUCUGGCUUUGAGAUGCUGGCUGAUCUCAAGGCCAUCCGUGAUCGUGGGGAGGGAGGACUAAACCUUCCCGGUCACGACCACCCCAAUUAAGCACGCAGCUGGCAAAGAUCCCUUCUGCCCCCACCUCCCCUCCCCUGCAAGCCCAGCUCUGGCCACCUCUCUGCAGGAGAGGCUGCCCCUGUACUUGCAAAGCUUGCUGGUUGAGCCCUAGCGUCUUUUCCAAACGAGCGUUACAUCGUUCGCAGUGGUCCCCCUCGGGAAGGAGUCACACGGUGAGGCCCCUUCCGGAACCUCGGGUCGCAGGAGUGCCGUAGCGUGGAGAGCUGAGUCAGGAUGCGUCAUCAGAGAGCAAUGCAGCAUCAUUAAAAUAAAAACUGUGCCUUUUAAAAAGAGAAAAUGCAACUGUACAGCAAAUCCCUAAACUUGAACCAUUUCCUAGUGCCUUGCUAGACAAACGUAGAGAGGCAGGGGUGGGGGGAGGGGAGUGUCUUGGGUGGUAUGUGUGCAGUCCCUGUUGGAUGAGUGUGUGUUUCUUCACGUCCGAUUUCAAGCAGGAGAGGCUGGGCCAAGAGCAGGGUCUGAGGGGGAGGUGUCCCCUAGGGUAGAGUCCAGAAGUCGUUCCAUUUAGAGUGACACUCGAGACUGAAAGGACAGCUGGACAGCUCGGGUAGCCUGCGGCCUAAAAGGACCGCAGCAGCCCCUGGACGAAGGCCCUGUCUGGAGGCCCUGCCUGCAGCCCCCCAACCAGCCCCCAGACAGAGUGCAGAGCACUGGCUGCAUUCCCACGUGGUCCCACUCCAAGUGGGGGACAGUGUUCUCCGCAUGACCGGGACUCAUGUGGGAAGCGGGAGCAACCCCAAGCAGCCCCCCACCUCCCUUUCCCCCACCCUUUGGGUCUUCUUUUCAGGCUGGUUCUGCCCCCUCAGCAAGGGACGGGCAGGUCCUCCCAGCACCCUGGCCUUUGUCAAUGCUGAGCCCACAAGCCGAGGUGCCACAGUUGACAAAGUGUGGGAUGGGGAUGGCAGGAGGCAAAGUCAUUGCCUGGCUGACCGACUGGCUGGUUGCAAAUACUGGCCACUCAUUGUUUUGGCUUCAUUCUUUGGUUUGGUUUGGGUUGUUUUUUUUAAACUAGCUACGCUAAGGAUUCAGAUUUCUGCUCACACCCCCAGCUGAUGCCCAACUAGAACAGCCAGCAGGCUGUGGAGAGGCUGUGAGCCAGGUAAGGGGUGAGGACGUGGGCCCCUUCCCCUCUGAAACCCUUAUUCUGAGCAUGAGGUCACAAAACAAAUGAGUGGCUGCCGUGUGGCGCACCAGCAGCCUUCCCAGAGGGGCUCCAGAAACAUUUUGGAACACAAAGAGCAUCUUUGCCGUGAGUACAAGGCCGUCGGAGGUGGCCGACUGUGCAGGCACAGGUGUGGAAAGCCCCACACGUCAUGCCUCCAACUGGAGCUUGUUGCCACCUUAAAAACAGCCCAGAAAUGGUCGAUCCCCGCUUUAGGGAGCAGUAACCCAGAGGCGGGAGGGGUGCACACGCAGACGGGAUCUGACCUGAGGGUCAGGGGAGAGAGCAGCUGUUGAAGGUGGAGCGCGUGGGUUCCCGAAGUCCACAUCGCACGCACUUUUCACACCUCCUACCUGUGGAAUUGCUUUUUCUGCCUGAGAAAUCGGCGACCUGCUUGAAAACGGCUCUGUAUUUCUUUCUGUGCGUCUCCAUUUCUCUAGUCUCUGGAGUCUCAAGAGUGGCAAAGCAUUGUGCAGGUGCGCCUGGAAAACCUGAGUCCUUGCCUCUACGCCCCCCACUGUGUACAGAUUGGGCUGCCUUUUCUAGUUCCUAGGAGACCAUGUAUUUUUAAUGCUUUCUGAAGAUUUCCAAGUGUGGGGGAGGGGCAAGGAGUUAGUUCUGUUCUGGAACUCCUUUCUGCUUUCAACUGAUGCUCGCGUGGAAACCCAAGUAGUAAUAUUUUAGUUCCCAUUUGAUCUUGAGCCAAGGCCCACUGUGUCCCUCGGGGUGGGCGUUGGACCUGCGUUCCAAUGGGCAAGGUCCCAUUAACAUCUGCUCCCAGAAUGGCUUUGAUCCCGCCGUGCCAGACCGUGGGGGCAGGCUCCUGCCGUGUUUGGGCAGACAGACUGGGGUCCCGGGGUGCGGGGGCGGGGGGGGCACUGCAGGCAGGGGGUAUUCGAGAAGUCAGACGGGGACCCCACCGAGAAAGCUUGAGGCCGCCAGCCUCUCUUCUCCUGCCUGGGAAAGUGAGCCUUUGUGAAGAACUGACGUAUGUGUACAAUUGUGAUUGUUGUCGAGUAAACCUCCAGACUUUCUCUAA